GACAGGUGCCACGGGAAGGGGAGGGCCUGUGGGCGCGGCGGGGUGGCCCGGCGCGACGUCCCAGAGCGGGCGGAGGAGGCAGCGCCAUGACCCUGCAGGGGAGCUGCCGGUGGGCUCUGCUGCUGGCCUGGCUGCCGGCCGGUUGCCUCUCCCUCCUUGUGACAGUGCAGGAUGCUGAGCGUUAUGCCACCUUAUUUGCCACUGUUGUCCUCAAGUGUGACUAUAGCACCUCAGCACAACUGCAGGAUGUGGUGGUGACCUGGCGCUUCAAAUCCUUCUGCAAGGACCCCAUCUUUGACUACUACUCAUACUCAUACCAGGCUGGUUUAGCUCUUGGCCAGGACCCAUCUGAUGACUGCAAUGACAGCCAGCGACAGGUGCGCAUUGUCAUCCAGAAGUAUGGGCAGAAGGACCCUGUGCUGGGUGUUGACUACCAGCAACGAAAGAUCACCAUCCAGAACCGUGCAGACCUUGUCAUCAGUGAGGUCAUGUGGUGGGACCAUGGUGUGUACUACUGCACUGUGGAAGCACCAGGAGAUACCUCAGGUGAUGCAGACAAAGAAGUUAAGCUGAUUGUUCUCCACUGGCUCACAGUACUUCUUAUUGUUCUCGGUGGCCUCCUCCUCCUUCUGCUGAUUGGAGUAUGCUGGUGCCAGUGCUGCCCUCAGUAUUGCUGCUGCCACAUCCCGUGUGUCUGCUGUCCAACCCGGUGCUGCUGUAAUGAGGAAGCACUGAAACGGUAUCGGUUCAUGAAGCAGGCUCAGGCACUUGCACCUUGGAUGUCACCCAACGUGCUCUACGGAGGUGGUGACAGGAACUCGCAACUUUCCUCUUACCAGCUGAACCCUCUACUGCAACAAGAUGUGUCUCUGCAGAACAGUCUUCCACUGGUGCAGCCACAAGCUCAGCUUGCCCCUAGCAAGGGUGUUUUGGACUAUCUGGAGUCUGAAAUCCAAAACCUUAACAUGUCACAGCUCCGGCCACCCUCCCACCAGCGGCAGGCUGUGCAGCCCAGCUUGCUGUCCUCCCUGGGCUCCGACAUCAUGCCACCUCCUCUUGCUGAUCAUGUCUCCUCUAUCCACGGGAGCAGCAACUCCUCACGGCCACAGAGAGCUGCCCGCAACCCCAGACCUGGAGACUCUGCAGCAGAGGACAGGAGGGAAAACCGGAGGUGGCCUGUGCCUUCCAGUGGGGAUUGUCAUUCCAGCUACAGUCAGGAGCCCUGGGACAGGCAGCGAGAGGACCAUCCUCAGAGGCAGAGGACAGGUGGCUACAAUGGCAGGCCCCAGCACUACAGACGGGAUGUGUCUCCUCCACGCCAGGAUGAGAGGGGCAAGAGCAGCAGCAGCAGCUCCAGUUUCUAUCCAGAGGAGGCCAGGGAGCGCUUCAGCCACCAUCAUGGCUGGAGAGAGGACCCCGCAGGGAGGCGAGACUACCAGCACUACACUGGGAGGAGCAACAACUCAGGUCAGAGGCGGCACAGCUACUCUCCUCCUUCUCGACGGGGGUCAUGGAGCUCCUCAGAAGAGCAAGUCCGUGUCCCAGUGACAAACCGCAGGCGACGACACCGGUCUCGGGAAUGGCCAGAAGAUAAACCCCCCAGUUACCGUUCAUUAGACAUCAUCCCAGGUCAGGACAAGAAGGACAAGGAUGACAAGAAGAACAAGAAGCAUGCAGGGCCACGCUCGGACAGAGGAAGUUCCUACAGUGGAAGAAGCAUAGUCAUUUAAUGCCAGCACUGAAAGAACUAAGAUUCCCCCUAGACUCCUCUUAGCUUUUCUACUAUGUAGGUUGGGAUGGCUGCUUUUGAUUGAACUGACAACUAGCAAAAAAACAGAUAAAGCAGCUUCCUCUUAGACUUGUAAUACUGAAGAAUCUCUGUCUACUGACCAUGAAAGCAAUACGUAACUCCUUUUUAUUCUUGCCAUCCACUAAAGACAUUCUGUUGGAAACAGCAGAUAUUUUUAGUAUAUGGUGUAUUCCCAAUCUUUAAAGGGAGGUACCAGUUGUCUUUUUUAGGUGCCCUGGCACUGCAAGCCCAGUCCAUAUAAUGCUGAUCCUUUGCAUGCCAGUUACUGAAGAAUGGCUGUGACAAUCAGAGUUGUAAAGUCACGGGGCAGUAGAAUAAUUUAGGUUGGAAGAGACCUCUGGAAGUCAUCUGAUAUGGUCCCAUGGGUGUUUGGUGUAGGGGGGCACAACAUCUUUCUGAGGCCCUCUGUAGUACUUCACAAAGUAUGAUGUUUGCUGCUUCUGCCUGUCUGCUCAGCACAGUUGGGGCAGUUACUUCCUUUUGUCCCACUAAGCCUCUCUCUCAAACGGAAGGAUGACAGUGUUGGAAGGAUGUUUGACUGCCUUAAUAAGGGCUUACCAGCACGUCUGCAAAUUGCCAGCUUAUCUGCCCUAUACUGACUGAAACAACCUGCCCUACUUUAAGCUUGGACCUUCAUGCCUUAAAAGAUACUUGUUCUAGCCUUUAACCCAGACUUGAAUUUAUUUGUAACCUUUAAGGGCUAAAUUUACCAAGGUUUGGCCAUCCUUACAGACUGAGCAAGUUAUGAUUACUGUCCCUCACACCAUGCACCAGAAUUUAUUUCAACUCUAGGAAGCAUGAUUUUGGUGGAUAUAUCUUUCCUAAGCCAUGUAGUCUUUUCCAUGCAUUUUAUAGUCUCCCUUUUCUCUCUGUGCCCUGUCACCAUUUUUAUUAUUGUUCUUGAUAUUUACCCUGACAUUUAUACCAACUCUGCCUAUGUGGUGCAUCCGAUUUAUCACUAGAUUGCAAGGUUUUCUUAUCUCUUACCUUGCAGCUAGAAUGCAGAAUUUCUGCACACUCUGAGACAAGUUGCAAAGGAGAAAAACGUGCCAUUUCUCCUUGGUAUGAUUCAUCCACUGUUUUCAUUUAAGAUGUGCUGGAAAAAGAGUUGUUGUCUGGAUGCUGGCUGUUUGCACAGGAAACUGGCUUGCCAAAGUCACUUCUUGGAUUCAAGAGACUCAACUGUUGGCAAGGAGCUUUUGGAGCAUCUUGUGAAUUAUUUUGUUACCCAGGGGCACUAGAGAUUGGCCAGUAUCAAUGACUGUAUUGCCUGGCUUAUUUCCCAACCAGUGCCACUUGGGAUACUUGCUACUAUUUGUUCUUUAAUGUUCCAGUUACUGAUAUGCUUAUGCUUUCUCUUGGAAGUCUGACUUGCAGAGUUUUUCACUUUGCCCACUUCCUUUUUUAUUUUUUGUUUGGACAAUGAUGGAAAACAUCACACUUGGAGCAAAUAUUCCCAGCUGGAUGUCCAGUGCAGUUGCUGGUCAACUAAAGGCUACUACAGAGAGUGCUCAUUUUCCUACAGCUUCUUGGCUUACUGCUUAUUUCUAAUUCCUGUGUAUGGACACAAAGGAAGAGGACCCACUAUCUUCUCUGGUUGACUUUGUUUCAGAACCAGAGGCCUGCUUUUUGAAGACAGAGGGGCUGUUCACCAGCAGUCGAUGGCUAGCACAAAACAGAGCUAGAAGAGCUAAAAGACCAAUUCCAACGUUUGAAUUCAAGAAAGGCAGGCUGUAUUAAGUGUAAUCCUUGUCUGCAUUAGACCCAAACUGUGAAUAAUGUGAACUGACCCAUGAGUUACACCUGGAAUAGCAGGAAUUAAGUGUGUUUGUAGAACUUGCAAAGCCAGUAUCACUCUUGAAUCUGGUUUUCAGUCACUGGAUGUGAGUAAUUUUACUUUUAGUGACAUGGUGAGGGAUUUAUGCAUCCCCUCUUCUAUUAUGGGCUAGUAUUUAUUUUCAUUAAGAUUGCUUUAUGGUGACUACAAUUGCAAAAUAAUAUGGGCCUUCUUCAAAACUAGCAUCCUGUUUUGACUUCAGCAUUGCCCUCUGGUGAUUAGUGGCAGAUACCCAGGGCUCUGCAGGUUCUCCCCUUGGAAGCUGAAUUGGAAUUUCACUCUUUCCUUAUGCUUCCAGUAGGUCCAUACAUCAUGUAGGACAACUUAAUGUCAUCUCAACACAGCCCAAAUAUCUGGGUUUCAGGAAAGGGCUACCCCUUCUCCAUCAAGUGUAGAAGCUGUUGAGACAUCACUUGGGAUCCCAAGAUGGUAGCAUGGGUGAAAGUUCACUCUCCUUCACGUUCAGUGUCUGUAAACCAACAUGAGUCCAGCAAGUUUUCCCAAGAGCAAGAACCCCCUCACACAGCAAGAAAACCCAGAUGACGUUGUGUAACAGUAGCAGCUGUUGAAGCUUGCUGCUGUAGUAUGAGCACACUAACUGCAGAGGUUGUGCUUUUUUGUCUAAAUCCUAUGAAGGAGACCUGCAUCUUUAUUUGUUCCUCUAGUCCCCAUAAUUGAGCUAGGGUGACUGAUUGUAGAUUGUGCGAAUUUACACAGUUUGUGCUGUGUGAAGCCUGAAGAGUUUUAUCUUCAUCGUACUUGAGCUCCUCUUCAGUCACUUUGUUCAUAUUUAUGGAAACGUUAAACAAAACUCUUCCGGAAAGACUGUGUCUCAGUGUUAAUUCUGUAACUUCUUAAAUUGUGACAGAAGUAGGUUAGGUUAUCCAGCAGGGAAGCAGAAAUGGUACCGAGUUUACUGGUCCGUAGACCAUUGUGGUUCAUAAAACACCAGCCGGUGGGCUGUGAAAUAAUUACAAAGGAAAUCUAUAUAUGCGUGCUUUACAAUUGCAAACAGACAGAAAAGUGGGAAGGAAAUAGGCUCUGCUUCGAAUACUUAUUUCUAUUUUUAAUUGGCUAUAAAUUAAAGCCAUUGUGACAGCACUGCACAAGACUAUGUGGACUCUUUUUUCCAGUAAUAUUACAGGGUCUUUGUCUUUUAAAAAGAGAGAGAGAAUCGAGUAGCUCAAAUAAUGCACACUGAAAGAAAUAACAGUAGGAAAUAGCCUAGCCUCAGUCUUUCUAGGCUGUAAUUUAUUCAUGCUUAAUUUUUCAGCCAUUCCAAAGAGCUGAUGUUUGUACGUCAGCCCAUUUGUGAUGAAAAAAGUUGAAUAUGUUUCACGUUUGUGAGUUAUUGCCAUUCUAGACUUUUGUUCUCCCUGUCAUGCAGUUGAAGGAACACACCUUACCCCCAAUAAUGUAUUUUUCUGUCUCAGUUUAAGUGCCUUGAUAGCCACUGGAGUUACCCUAACUUACAAUAAUAAUAAUGUAAUGAGUAAGUAACCAUGCCACAUGGGGCAGAUAAGGAUGCCCAUGCUGCUGCUGUCAGUUGCUUUCCACCUCAGACCAGAGAUUCAUAAGAGAUAAAAAAACGUGUAGUUUUUCUUUGAUUAAGGAAGGACUUGCAAUAUCUGGCUUUCUUGCUUAUUUGCAGAGCGCCCUGCCAUUCUGGAAUGCCAUUCCAGGAAUGGAGGACAAGGGCUGAUUCUUGUGUAAUCAUUGAUCUGGUCUUGGCAAGUGCCUGUUUGGCAGUAGAAAGUGCUGAAAUGCCCAGUUGCUAUCUCUGGGAUUGUAUUCAUGAUAGCAUGAGCUAAAGUUAGGCUGACUUUGGUGCGGUGGGAAGUUACCUUGUGUGAUAACAGCCAAAAUGCAAAGCUCUUCAGCAGCAUGUAUUGCUAUGUAGGCAGCUAAGUCCCCUCUGUGUUACUAGCUCCAGCAGCACAUCAGUUUAAAAUACUCACUUAAUAUAGAGACUUCCAUUUGUCGACCUCAUGUAGGAGAGAAAUGGCACUUGAGGUUAUAUUAAAUUAACCCCCACAAGUAAUGACUGUUCAUUGCUCUUUCUGCUAAGUUUAAUGCCUAUAAUGUGCCUUUUACUGGUCUUCUGAAUAUUAUUCCAGCUGUAAAAGCAGAUGGUAAAUGUGUAGAUGCUCUUCAAUGACUGUCAAAUGUAUGAUUAAAAUAUAAGAGAACUUUCAA